AUUUGUUAUAAAAACAACUAAAAUAAGGACCUGCUUCCUCAUGGACGACAUCACUGACCAAGAGAUUGCCAUCAAUCUCAGGAAACGAGCAUUGCUGUUCUGGUUGGCUGCUGCAAAAGGAGCAUCCCCCUGCACUGUGAUAAUCCCAGACAGCAAGCCUGUGUGUGGAACAUUUGUUGCCAUGGAUUCACACGAACAGCGUGUGCGUAUCAACGCAUUGCAAACACCAAUCGGGACUUACGACCGAGUUGUCCUUCGUGGUAGCGAUGUAGAUGCACUCGAAUUAUCAAUGUGAAAUAUGUGUAAAACAACCAAACCAUAGGAAAAUGUGAAAUUAAAGUGAAGUUUAU